AUGGACCCUCCUUUAACCAACCCUAUCGACGCCAACAUGGACCUUCCUUUGACCAACCCUGUCGACGCCAACAUGGACCCUCCUUUGACCAACCCUGUCGACGCCAACAUGGACCUUCCUUUGACCAACCCUGUCGACGCCAACAUGGACCCUCCUUUGACCAACCCUGUCGACGCCAACAAGGACCCUCCUUUGACCAACCCUGUCGACGCCAACAUGGACCCUCCUUUGACCAACCCUGUCGACGCCAACAUGGACCCUCCUCUGACCAACCCUGUCGACGCCAACAUGGACCCUCCUCUGACCAACCCUGUCGACGCCAACAUGGACCCUCCUCUGACCAACCCUGUCGACGCCAACAUGGACCCUCCUCUGACCAACCCUGUCGACGCCAACAUGGAUCCUCCUUUGACCAACCCUGUCGACGCCAACAUGGACCCUCCUCUGACCAACCCUGUCGACGCCAACAUGGACCCUCCUCUGACCAACCCUGUCGACGCCAACAUGGACCCUCCUCUGACCAACCCUGUCGACGCCACCAUGGACCCCCCUUUGACCAACCCUGUCGACGCCAACAUGGACCCUCCUCUGACCAACCCUGUCGACGCCAACAUGGACCCUCCUCUGACCAACCCUGUCGACGCCAACAUGGACCCUCCUCUGACCAACCCUGUCGACGCCAACAUGGACCCUCCUCUGACCAACCCUGUCGACGCCAACAUGGAUCCUCCUUUGACCAACCCUGUCGACGCCAACAUGGACCCUCCUCUGACCAACCCUGUCGACGCCAACAUGGACCCUCCUCUGACCAACCCUGUCGACGCCAACAUGGACCCUCCUCUGACCAACCCUGUCGACGCCACCAUGGACCCCCCUUUGACCAACCCUGUCGACGCCAACAUGGACCCUCCUCUGACCAACCCUGUCGACGCCAACAUGGACCCUCCUCUGGCCAACCCUGUCGACGUCAACAUGGACCCUCCUCUGGCCAACCCUGUCGACGUCAACAUGGACCCUCCUCUGACCAACCCUGUCGACGCCAACAUGGAUCCUCCUCUGACCAACCCUGUCGACGCCAACAUGGACCCUCCUCUGGCCAACCCUGUCGACGCCAACAUGGACCCUCCUCUGGCCAACCCUGUCGACGUCAACAUGGACCCUCCUCUGGCCAACCCUGUCGACGUCAACAUGGACCCUCCUCUGACCAACCCUGUCGACGCCAACAUGGAUCCUCCUCUGACCAACCCUGUCGACGCCAACAUGGACCCUCCUCUGGCCAACCCUGUCGACGCCAACAUGGACCCUCCUCUGGCCAACCCUGUCGACGCCAACAUGGACCCUCCUCUGGCCAACCCUGUCAGCGCCAACAUGGACCCUGCUUCAAUCAAGCCUGUCGACGAUAACAUGGACUUUCCUCCAGCCAACCCUGUCGACGCAAACAUGGACCCUCCUACAGCCAACCCGGUCGACGCCAACAUGGACUCUCCUCCAGCCAAGCCUGUCGACGAUAGCAUGGACCAUCCUCUGGCCAACCCUGUCGACGCUAACAUGGAUCGUCCUCCAGUCAACCCUGUCGACGCCAUCAUGGACUCUCCUUCAGCCAAGCUGUCGAAGCCAACAUGGACUCUACUCCAGCCAACCCUGUCGACGCCAACAUAG